AUGCUCGCCAGCCACCCAGCCGAGCGCUCCAUCGCCCCCAAGCCUGCCUCCCUCGCUCGUCUGGAGCCAUGGGGUUCCCUGGUAGCGUCGCAUGGUGCGAACAGCCCUCCCCGCGACCCCAACCCCGCGCAGGCCACGCGGAGCUGCCCCCAAGUCCUGGGGGAGCAACAGGGAAGAGACCCGUGGCAGGCACCUGGGAAGGAACACGCUGUUGCAAAUACCCCGGGCUGCGUUGGGCUGGGCGAUUUUCCACAAAAGGAAGUUUGGAAGGAGCGCAGCGGUUUGCAAUGGAAGGGAAGGGGAGCCCAGCGUUACCUGACUGAGGUCAAGCCGGCGGGCCGCGGAAAUCCUCAGGUUUGCGAUACUGAGCCACUUGAUCAGGUUACUAUGGAAAUCGUCUUGAGAAGGAAAAAAAAAACCCAGCAGCCCAGGCACAUCCUCGUCACCCCGAAAGAAACUGCUGGGGCCGCCGAGCGCGGGCGCGGGACCGGGCGCGGCGCCUCUCCCGGCCCGGCUCGCUCUUUCUUCCCUCCUUGGCCGGGCCGCGCCUCCCCGCCCCGCGCCGCCGCCGCCGCCGAGCAGCCCGCGGGCCGAGCGAGCCCUCCGCGGCGCGCUGCCGGGAGCGAGAGCGCGAGCUCGCUCGCAGCCGCCAGCCGGCCUGGGCGCCGAGUGGCGCUGUUUCCCCAGCCGCGCAGCUGGAAUUUAAAGACACAGACGCCUCGCGGGGUCUGGGGCCGGGUGCCCUCGAGAAGCGCACGCAGGGCGCCCACCGUCUCCGCCCGGGCGGGAUGGACAGAGCGGGCCCGGAGAGAAAAGUUUCCUGCGGGGACGGCGGCGGGAGCGCGUGAAGACCUGCCUCGGCCUCCUCUCCGGAAUGCAGGCUGCAAGGAGAGACCAGCGAAGCAUCUCCUUUUCUCUCUCAGCCCUGGAGAACAGGCUUCAAGGUAUAUUCCAACCUGUAGUUCAGCAUCCUCCGACAGACCACCUUCCAGCCGGCACCUUUUCUCUACAGCCAUGAAUGCAAGCUUGCUCCUGUUGCUUCUGAGAAAAUAAGCAAGAAUCCAACAGAAAGAAGCAUCUAAUCCGGCCCUUUUCUAUCCCUAGCUAAGCCAGCUUUCACUGGGCACUUCUCUCACUGCUGUUACAAAUAAGGCUCACAUUUGUGCCGUUCCCAACAUACAGUCCAAGGAGAAUGUGUUUAUAAAUGCACAUGGUUUAAUGUCACUACGUAUUUAUUUGGAGUGUCGGAGAAAUUAUCCAAUCAAUUUAUUUUGCAGUUCUAACAAUCACCUUUCACUGCUUUAUAUUCUCAACAGCUUUUUCAUGG